AUGGGCGUCGCAAUCCCCGCCAAGCUGACCUCGGUCGCCUGUGGCUCUGUUCUUCAGUUUGUUCUCGCUGCCACAGUUCUACUUGGAAUUGUGCACCUAGGCCGCACAUGGUGGCGUCUUCGUCAUAUUCCUGGUCCAUUUUUGGCGCGGUUUACCAAUUUCCAGCGAGUAUAUUGGGUCAAGACCAAACGCGCACACUUGAUACUCCAGGAGAAACAUGAGAAGUACGGAGAGCUUGUGCGCAUUGGUCCAAACACAGUCUCCAUAAACAACCCCGAGCUCAUUCCAACGAUAUACACAGCGCGAACGGGCUUUCCCAAAUCCGAUUUCUACCCGACUCUCCAAGCAUACAGUCCAAAUGGUGGCUCUUUAGAAGCUGUCUUCAAUACUACCAGUGAUGAGGUACACAAGAAACUCAAGGGUCCGAUUGCACCUCUAUUCACUCCCUCGAAUGUGCCAUCCCUUGAGCCUCGUGUGAACGAGGUUUUGGAGUGCAUCCAUGAGAAGCUGGAGGAGAAGUUUGUCGGCAAUGACCAAGUGUUUAACUUGGGGGAUUGGCUUCAAUUCUUUGCUUUUGAUGUCAUGGGCACCCUGACAUUUUCCAAACGGUACGGCUUCCUAGACACGGGUAAGGAUGUUGGAAACAUGUUGGCAAGCAUUGUCUUCUUCAUGCGAACCUCUGCACCAUUUACCCAGAUGCCAAAAAUUGACUGGCUACUCCGCAAAAACCGCAUUGGUGACUUCAUACAACGAACUUUCGGGCUUCAAUCAUCCCUUGGUAUUCUCGGAUUUGUUGCAAAGGCAAUUGCUGAGAAAAAGGCGUUGCUGGAGAAAGACCCGGAGAAAAAAGCAGACGAUGACAAGUACGCUCGUGGCAAGGACUUCCUUACCAGAUAUGUCGAGCUGGCGCAGAAUGACCCAUCGAUCCCGCCCUGGGGCCCAACCGCCUGGACAUUUUCCAAUGUAAUUGCUGGCUCUGAUUCGGUGGGAAGUCUCAUGCGUACCACGAUGUACAACCUCUUGAUCUACCCUCACACCCUGGACAAACUCUACAACGAGCUAAAGUCUGCCAACGUAUCCAAACCUUACCCAACGUGGGCAGAGGUACGCAAUCUGCCGUACCUGGACGCUUGCGUUCAGGAAGGAAUCCGCAUGCACCCGCCUUUUGCCCUCCCCUUUGAGCGUGUUGUCCCCAAGGGUGGUAUUACUAUCGCAGGCCAGCAUUUGCCAGAGGGUACAGCAGUGGGAGGAAAUCCUUAUGUUGUGAACCGGCACAAGGGUUGGUUUGGCGAUGACGCCGAGUUCUGGAGACCAGAGCGUUGGCUGGAGAGAGAUGACGCGCACAAGAGGAAAUUAGAGGCAGGAAUUCUGACAUUUGGAGGCGGCCGCCGCAUCUGCAUAGGCAGAUACGUGGGAAUCCUGGAGAUCAAGAAAAUCCUUCCUUUCCUCAUCCUCAACUACGAUAUUCGUGUCGUCGAUCCUCACAGAUUCCAAUACGAGAAUUCCUGGUUUUUCUUCCAAAAGGGACUCUAUGCAAGGAUCCAAAAACGACCUGACACUCAUGAGUCCUAA